UGCAAAUCCUUGACCGAAACAACGAAAACAUGGUCCAAUCAUGCGUUCACAAAAUCCUAAAUCAGGAGUACAAAAACAACGAAAUUAUAGUGUCACUAAACGUGAAUUUUUCGGUGAACCACCCAAUCAUAAACUUGCAAUUGUCCGAAGUAUUGGACUUGUUUCCCUUCGGACGUGCAAAAAUUUACUUAAUUGGGGUGAGUUUGGACUAUUUGGAGGAAACAAUCCAGUUUUUGGCCGAAUUGACGACAUUUAACCCCCAGGGGAAGUUUAUAAUGAUUUUGGAGCAAUCAAUCGACGAGUCGAUUUUCAAAAUGGCGGCCCGGUACUAUAUCGGCCAUGUUGUCGUCCUUGAAGCGCAAUCGCUGGACCUUUACACUUAUCAUCCCUACGUUAAUCAGAAUAUUAGUAGUGCUGACACUACUGUUGUCCCACUUGGCUCAUGUUUUAAGUACCCUCUUAAGUCACUAACUAGGGCAAUGCCCCCAGUUUGGGGCAACACCACCGUACGGGUGUCCUACAAGCGCACCCCUCCGUACGUCGUUGACCCCUUUUCGGCCCUCAAAGGCAUGGAGAUCUACACGCUGGAGACAAUCAGCAAGUACUACAAGUUCCAAAUUGAGUACUUCCCCUAUAAUGGCAGUUACUACAACGAAAAGGACCGCGCAACGUACUACGCGGCCUUUGGGGCCCUUCUGGCCCACAAUAUUGACGUCACAGUCGGUGCCUACUAUUUGAAAAACACCGAAAUUUUCGAUUUCGACGUCAGUUAUCAGUACCUCCAAGACAGCCUGUUCUGGGUGGUACCUAAAGCCAGCGAGUUGCAAAAAUGGCAAAGGGUUGCCCUAGCCUUCAGUUUCAACACCUGGAUGGCCUUUCUGGCCUCCUUCUUCCUCUAUAACGUGCUAUACGCCCUGCAUUUGCGCUUGUCUCAGAUGAAGGUUUCCACCAAAAUUUUUUUCUACCUUUUUGGGAUUUUGAUCGAACAGGCGGUCACAAUGCCGGUGAAGUACACAGUCAAGGCGUUGGUUUUGACUUGGAUUUUUUACUGUUUGAUCAUUUCGACUGCGUUCAAAAGCCAGAUCAUUAAUUUAUUGAGUGGGGUCAGUUACGGGGAUGACAUCACAACAGUGAGGGAGAUCACUGAUUCAGAUCUAAUCAUAAGUCUGCCAGUGGGGUACGCCAACAUGUAUGACCACGAUGACCCCCUUGAGCGCUACAUUUACGACCAUAACGUGCAAUGUGUGGAAAUUUAUGACUGCUUGCAGCGAACUGCCACAAAACGUGACACUGCAAGUAUCGCAAUUGGGCGCUACAUUGACUACUACAGUCCAUAUUUUUUGAACGAGCAUGGUCAUAGGACCAUACACGUCAUGAAGGAGCGCGUGUGUCUCAUGCCCAUCCAUAUGAUCGUGUCUAAGGGAUUCCCCCUUUUCGCGCAAAUCAAUUCGCUCAUUAUGCUGAUGGAAGCCAACGGAUUGAUUGACUAUAAUUACAACUACAUGGAUAAUCUUUUCAAGAGUCAGUAUUUUUCCCAGUUGAGGCUAACCGAUAAAGUCGAACACAACGAUUUGGAAACUAUGGCUUUGCCGUUUCUUUUGUUGUGUUUCGGACUUGUUUUGGCACUGGUUGUGUUUUUGGGCGAGGUUGUUUGGUGUUUAGUCCGCGGUCGGGUUGGAAGUGACAGUUAGUAAGUCAAGUCAAGUCACACGCAGCGCCGACUAGACAUUUUGUAAAAUCAUGGGAAAUAAACGAUUGCUUAACGAAACUGUGUUUCUUGUUUAAAAUAGUUUAGCUCGGUUUACGAAAAUUCCAAAAUAUGGUUAAAAUAACUCCUUUUACGACCAGUUUUUGUCAUUUGUCAGCUUAUCCGAAACAAAAUCGAGCGAAGUAGAAAAAGUAGCAUCGGUU